AGUGGAUCUCCUGAUGCAGGAGUCGGGCUGCAGACUGGAGCAUCCCUCUGCCACCAGGUUUCGCAAUCACGUUAUGGAAGGAGAGUGGGACAAGGCUGAGAGUGAUCUGAAUGAGUUGAAGGCAAUGAUGCAUUCUCCAAGCGCCAUAGUGAGGAUGAAGUUCCUCCUGCUGCAGCAGAAGUAUCUGGAGUAUCUUGAAGAUGGGAAGGUCCUGGAGGCUCUGCAAGUGCUCAGAGCUGAGCUCACACCUCUCAAGUACAACACAGAACGUAUCCACGUCCUGAGUGGGUACCUGAUGUGCAGUCACGCAGAAGACCUGCGAGCCAAAGCAGAGUGGGAAGGCAAAGGCACGGCAUCACGAACAAAGCUGCUGGACAAGCUCCAGACCUACCUGCCUCCCUCAGUGAUGCUGCCCCCUCGCCGCCUGCAGACUCUGCUGAAGCAGGCGGUUGAGCUGCAGAGGGAGCGCUGCCUCUACCACAACACCAAGCUGGACAGUGGACUGGACUCUGUGUCCCUGCUCCUGGACCACACCUGCAGCAGGAAACAGUUCCCCUGCUACACUCAGCAGAUUCUGACCGAACACUGCAAUGAGGUCUGGUUCUGCAAGUUCUCCAACGACGGCACAAAACUAGCGACCGGGUCCAAAGACACCACAGUCAUCGUGUGGCACGUCGACGUGGAAACCCAGCAGCUCAAGUUGCUGAAGACUCUGGAAGGUCAUGCUUAUGGCGUUUCUUAUCUGGCCUGGAGUCCAGACGACACCUACCUAAUAGCCUGUGGUCCUGAUGACUGCUCUGAGCUGUGGCUGUGGAAUGUACAGACGGGGGAGUUACGAACAAAGAUGAGUCAGUCUCAUGAAGAUAGCCUGACCAGUGUGGCUUGGAAUCCAGAUGGCAAACGCUUCGUCACCGGAGGCCAGAGAGGCCAGUUUUACCAGUGUGACUUGGAUGGAAACCUGCUUGACUCAUGGGAAGGAGUUCGGGUUCAGUGCCUGUGGUGUCUGGGCGACGGCCGGACCGUUCUCGCAUCCGACACCCACCAACGUAUCCGAGGAUACAACUUUGAGGACCUGACUGACAGAAACAUCGUGCAGGAGGACCAUCCCAUCAUGUCGUUCACUGUUUCCAAAAAUGGAAGGUUAGCUCUGCUCAAUGUGGCCACCCAGGGCGUGCACCUAUGGGACUUGCAGGACAGGGUGCUGGUGAGGAAGUAUCAAGGGGUCACCCAAGGUUUCUACACCAUCCACUCCUGCCUCGGGGGCCACAAUGAAGACUUCAUCGCCAGUGGAAGUGAAGAUCACAAAGUUUACAUCUGGCACCGACGUAGCGAGCUGCCGAUCGCAGAGCUCACUGGUCACACCCGCACGGUCAACUGCGUGAGCUGGAAUCCCGUCCUGCCUGGACUGCUGGCCAGCGCCUCAGACGACGGAACCGUCCGAAUCUGGGGACCUGCCCCCUUCCUGGAUGUCCAGGAUUCAGAGGGGCUCAAUGGUAUGAGCAUGAAAACCUGCAUGAAUGGCUGUUAGGGACUGUAAACGGCACAUUGCCAGCAUGCCAUCAUCGUCAGGAACCAGUGUGAAAAACAGAUUUUAAACCACUUAACAAAAGACUCACCUGAUAACGUCCACACCUUCUUAUCUACAAGCAUCUAAAAAUGUGUUUAUUACUUUAUCCAGCCAUUAGAAAGCUUUGUUAAUUGUUCACUUGUCCCACACCAAAGUCCAUUGAGAAAAGCAGCGUUUUUAGCUCGCAUGGACACGAGAGCUGCUGGUCUCCUGCUGCCUUGUUUUGUAAGUUUGUGUUGCUUAGAUGAAUCUAAAACUAAGGAUUUCACCCACCAAACACCCAACACCUAAAUCACAAAAUAACACGUAAACAGCAGGCGAUCAGCAGUUCCUGUUUGCUGUGAUGUAAAAUUGCUGAUUUUCUCUAUGGACUUUGGCUCGAGCAGUGAGCGGUUUACAAAGUGGCACAAAGUUUCCAUUCAGAAAAGGUCAGAGAAAUCACCAAACAUAUUCUUUAGACAUCAGAGGCUCACGUAGGUGUUGAUUUUUUGAGCAGAGGUUUUUGUUAAACGGACUAAAACCGGUUUGUCCUCUUGUCAUCACUGGCUGUCGCGCUUUCAGUGAGGGCGACCAGUUAUGGCUUCAAAAAAAAAGAAAAAGAAAAAAAAAGUAACGAUCCCUAUAAUGUGCCAGGGGAUCGGAAAAAAGUAUUUUGAAAUCGUCUACGUGGUUGUGAGAAACUGCAGCCACUGGGACUGACGGGGGACGACUAACACUGCAGUCGCGCGUGUGUAGU